CCCUCUAGCCUGCGUUCAGGUACCAGGAAUGCGGUGUUAAACACCGAGGCCCGCACCGUCGAGGCGGACGUGCUGAGCCGACGCUGCGUCAUGAUGCGGCUGGGGGACUUCUCGUACGAGCAGUACCAGAAGGCCCUCCGCCAAUCUGCCGGCGCCGUGGUCAUCAUUUUGCCCCAGGCCAUGUCAUCAGUCCCACAGGAUGUUGUCCGGCAAUUCAUGGAGAUAGAGCCUGAAAUGCUGGCCAUGGAAACCAUUGUGCCCGUCUACUUUGCAGUAGAGGAUGACGAGCUGCUCUCCAUCUACGAACAAACACAGGCUGCUUCUGCAUCGCAGGGUUCUGCAUCAGCUGCUGAAGUGCUGUUGCACACAGCAACUGCCAAUGGCUUCCAGAUGGUUACCAGCGGGGCUCAGAGCAAAGCUGUCAGCGACUGGCUCAUAACCAGUGUGGAGGGGAGGCUGACUGGGCUGGGAGGAGAGGACCUGCCCACCAUUGUGAUAGUGGCCCAUUACGACUCUUUUGGCGUGGCUCCGUGGCUGUCUCACGGUGCAGACUCCAAUGCCAGCGGCAUCUCUGUGCUUCUGGAGCUCGCCAGGCUCUUUUCUCGGCUCUACACCUACAAACGUACCCAUGCGGGGUAUAAUCUGCUGUUCUUCGCAUCUGGAGGUGGCAAGUUUAACUAUCAGGGAACCAAGAGGUGGUUAGAAGACAACUUGGAUCACACAGAUUCCAGCCUGCUCCAAGACAACGUUGCAUUUGUUCUUUGUCUCGACACCCUGGGCCGAGGGAACAGUCUUCACCUCCAUGUUUCAAAGCCUCCCAAGGAGGGGACCCUGCAGCAUGCGUUUCUGAGGGAGCUGGAGAUGGUGGUUGCCAGCCAGUUCUCUGAAGUACAGUUCUCCAUGGUGCACAAGAAAAUCAACUUGGCUGACGACAUGCUGGCGUGGGAGCAUGAGCGCUUUGCCAUCCGCCGCCUGCCUGCCUUCACUGUCUCACACCUGGAAAGUCACCGGGACAGUCUGCGCAACAGUAUCAUGGAUGUGAGGGCGUGGGUGGACACCAAGGCUCUCACCCGCAACACCAGGAUCAUUGCUGAAGCUCUGACGCGGGUCAUCUACAACCUAACAGAGAAGGGGGCUCCAGCUGACCUGCAGAUCUUCACAGAGCAGAUGGAGAUUCAGGAGGAGCAGCUCGAGUCAGUGAUGGACUGGCUGACCAGUCAGCCCAGAGCUGCCCAGCUCAUUGAUAAAGACAGCACCUUCCUCAACACCUUAGAAUAUUACAUGGGCCGCUACCUGAAAGAUGUCAAACAGCAUCACGUGAAGGCAGAUAAACGGGACCCCGAGUUUGUUUUCUACGAUCAGUUGAAGCAGGUGAUGAAUGCGUACAGGGUCAAGCCGGCAAUCUUUGACCUGCUCCUGGCUCUCUGCAUAGCAGCCUACCUCGGAGUUGCCUACGUUGCAGUCCAGCACUUUGGUCUCCUCUACAAGACAGUGCAAAGAUUAUCCCUUAAAACCAAGCAGCAGUGAAGUGACAAACCCAUCCCAUCAAGCAGCACUGAGCCACCGGUGAGCCCAGCAGGAGCUUCUGCCUUCCACUGAAUGCUGCUUGCUUUCCUCCCUUUCUCUCUUCACCAACCCAGAGGAAGGAAUGCAGCAAUUAACAGAAAUUUCAGCUCUCGUGCACCUUUUCAGCCCCCUUCCAGCUUGCCAAUUUUCAUUUCCAUCAUGGCGAGGGAGACAUGCAGAGACUGGCAACCCCCUGCAGGUAGUGCAAAUGCUGCCUAAGGUAAUGAUUCCUCUGAACAGAGUCUCUGUGAAGGAUGCGGGUGCUAUACCUGGCUUCACAGACGCAUGCCAUGCAGCCAGCUGGGAACCACCGCAGGGGAAAGCUCUGCUCAGCAAACAGGACUCGACGCACUCAUUUGAAACAUGUGCACAUGUAAAUUAAAGAGAGAAUUACUAGCA